AUGAUCAGCUCCAGCUCGUCCGGUAUGGACCAGGAUAGCCAUCUUGCUAUGGACAGCUCAUAUUCCAAUGACCAUUGGAACAGUAUGAAUCCGUAUAGUCAGAUCUCUAUCUCGCCUUCCGGAGGGGAAUACUACAUGCCGUCAAACUAUCAUGGACUGCCGUCCGAGUCGAUCAACUCUAGUCAUAUGGCACCGCCGCCCAUUCCGCACCAACUACAACCAUCGCACCAUCAACAACAACACCACCAGGGGGGACACUACACCAACCAAUUGCCUCAUCAGUUGUUGAUUCAUCCCCAAAACACCACGUCGCAAGUGAGUUGGCCAAGUCUGCGCACAAACCCGAGUCAGAGUUACGGGAAUGCACCGAUACGGAUUCCACCACGAGCAACGCCUCCCCUCAAACAGCAGCCCAAGCUGCCGUCUCUCACCACGUCAACUCCGCGGAAAACUCUGACCAAUGAAGAUCGCCGACGAAUGUGCCAGUAUGCCGAGGACCACCCCAAUGUCAAGCAAACGGAGAUCGGACUCAAAUUUGGUGUAGAGAGAAGUACAGUAUCAAAGGUCCUACGGAAGAAGGACCAAUAUCUCAACCAGGAUGACCGAGCCGGCUCUCCAGUGAAAAAGCCAAACAAGGGGAAAAAUGCUGGUGAGCUAGAGCGAACGCUCUUGAACUGGGCAAGGAAUCAACUGAGAAAGGGGAUUCUGGUCAGCGACGAGGAGCUCGAGAAGCAGGCCAAGGCAUUCUUUGCAGUAACAGGUAGUUCCGAUGAUCCAGCCAAGAUGAUCAACAAGAAUUGGCUCGAGAAAUUCAAGCAAAAGAACGGCCUGGGACGCGGGAAGCAGAUUCGCAGGGCAUCAGAAACUGCGAUACCGGACGAUGCCAAACUCUCUACAGAGUCACCGAUCAUUUCAGCCUCGCAGACACCAGGAGGUAUUUCACCAGUGUCACCCAUCGAGUCAGGAACACCACCAGUUGUGUCAGCCACGCCGAGCAACGAGGGAUUGGAGCCAGCCACGGGGUUCUCUGGAUUCGAGAGCACUCAGUAUAAGCAUUCACAAAACGCUGCAACUCUUGAUAGUGCCAUUGCUGAUCCUGCCUCCGGUUCGUUCUCCGCCGGGGCUUUCAGUCCGAACUCCCAGUUCACGUUCUCUCCGGAUCCAAACAGUGGACUAUUCGACCCACAGCGUUUGCCAUUGGAGGCUGAUGCCUUUCACCGACCGAGAAGCCAGACCUUUCCGACUUUAGACAUCGAAUUUGUCCAACAGCAGUCGUCCGAGCCUCCUACCCCAAAGUACAGCGCCUCCGCGACUGCUCCUUCAUCUGCUCUGGAUUCGCCAGCCCACGAGAUUCCCACGCAACCAUUUGGAGUUGACUCAACUAUUUCUCCUAUACUACACCACAGCCGGAGUAGUAGUAGCCUAGGUGGGAGAUCAAUACAUACUCCUAUUCUACCAAGCGCGGCGGUGUCAUCACCAAGUUCUCCCACACAAGAAGAUGCGCGACGAGCCGCAGAUACUCUCCUCAACUUCAUGCAAGGGCACGGGUUAACGAACAGCGAUGAGUUUGCGACAAUCAUGCGGUUGACGGAGAAGUUAAGAAUACACCAGCAACAACACCAAACCUUCAAGCCCUUGUUGCCAGCCGGAAUGAUGGGGGGACUAACCAGGAUACCCGAGGGCGACGCAGAGAUGUCGAAUAAUGCGGCACACAUGGUGAAGGAUGAAGCAAUGAUGACCGGCUAA